AUGUCCCCAAUUUUAAAAGUCGGUGUCGUCGGUACUGGUAUAUUUGCCACAGACAGACAUUUACCAUCAUACCAAGAAAUGUCAGACAACUUCAAGGUUGUUGCUGCCUAUAACAGAACUAAGGCUAAGGCUUUAAUCUUCGCCGAAAAAGCUGGUUUGCCAGAUAAUAAGGUCUACGAUGAUUUGGACCAAAUUUUGAAUGACAAGGACGUUGACUAUAUUGAUGCUUUACUUCCAGUUCAAUUCAAUGUUUCAACUCUACAAAAAGCAAUUGCUGCUGGUAAGCCAAUUUUAAUGGAAAAACCUAUUGCUGCAACUAUGGAACAAGCCAGAAAAAUGGUGCAAUUAGCUGAUUCAACUGAUUUACCAGUUGGUAUUGCUGAAAACUGGUUAUACUUACAAGUUAUUGAGCCAGCUAAAGAACAAUUAAAGAGAAUUGGUGAAGUUGUCGGUUUCACUCAUAACUCAACCGGUCCAUUCGUUCAAGAUAACAAAUAUUUAGCAACCACUUGGAGACAAAACCCAGAACAUAUUGGUGGUUUCUUAUCAGACGGUGGUGUCCAUCAGUUAGCCUUAGUUACCGACAUCUUAGGUGAAUUUGACACAAUUUCCGCUUUAACCUCUCAAGUUAGAGAGGUAUCUGGUGCUGAUGACAUUGUCUUUUCUACCGUUAGAUUAAGAAAUAAGAAGACAAUCGGUACUUUCACUUACGGUUCUGCUUUCGGUGCAUCUGAAAAAUCCGUUUUCCUAAAAAUAUACGGUACCAAAGGUUCCAUGGUUAUUGACUUAUCAAACAAAACAAAACCAGUUAUUAAGAUCAGAGUUGGUGACUCUGCUGAAUCUGCAAGCGCUGAAGAAGUUAUUGAAGUUAAUGUUGAGGAAUCUUUCGGUGUUAACCCAGAAUUCUUGAACUUCCACGAAGCUGUCGCUAAAAAGGACAAGACAUUAUUCAAGUCUUCACCAAGAGCUGCCUUCCACCAUUUAGCUUGUGUUGCUGCUUUCUUAGAAUCAUCCGCUACGAAUGGUGACCAUGUUACUGUUGAAAGAAUUUAA